ACUUCAGACACCGCCUUCUUAUCUGGUCUCUGCCUUCCCUCCCUCGCGUGUUCUUGUUGUCGUUCCGUUACCAACAGAAGAGAAGCUUAAUCGAGAGAGAGAGAAUGGAGGCGACGGAGGUGAACAAGAUCGGGAGCAUGAGAAGGAAUAGUUCGAUUUGGAGAAGGGGCAACGAGAGCAUCUUCUCCGCGUCGUCACGGGAGGAGGACGACGAGGAGGCCCUCAAAUGGGCGGCCCUGGAGAAGCUGCCUACCUUUGACCGCCUGCGACGUGGCAUCUUGGCGCUCCCCGAGGGCAGUCAACGCCUGCAGGAGGUCGACGUCCAGCAGCUCGGUUUCCGGGAGAGGAAGGCCCUCCUCGAGCGCCUCGUCCGCGUCACCGACGAGGACAACGAGCGUUUCUUGCUCAAGCUCAAGGACCGGGUCGACCGAGUUGGGAUCGAUCUGCCCACCAUUGAAGUGCGGUUCGAGCACCUCAACAUCCAAGCAGAGGCCCAUGUCGGCAGCAGAGGACUGCCUACCAUUCUCAAUUCCGCUCUUAACACGCUGGAGAGCAUCGCGAAUUACUUGCAUAUACUACCGAGUAGGAAGAGGCCUUUGUCCAUCCUUCAUGAUGUCAGUGGAAUCAUCAAACCUCGCAGGAUGACUUUGCUCUUAGGCCCUCCUGGAUCCGGCAAAACUACGCUGUUGUUGGCUUUGGCUGGAAAACUGAGCUCCGAUCUCAAGGCCACCGGAAAAACGACCUACAACGGCCACGAAAUGAACGAAUUUGUGCCGCAGCGAACAGCGGCAUAUAUCAGCCAGCAUGACCUUCACAUCGGGGAGAUGACAGUCCGGGAAACGCUAGCUUUCUCAGCGAGGUGCCAAGGAGUUGGUACUCGUUAUGAGAUGUUGACUGAGCUAGCAAGGAGAGAAAAGGAAGCAAACAUCAAGCCAGAUCCUGACAUAGAUGUCUUCAUGAAGGCAGCAUCCAUGGGAGGACAAGAAUCCAAUCUGAUCACGGAUUAUGUACUUAAGAUCCUAGGACUGGAAGUCUGUUCUGACACCAUGGUAGGGGAUGAAAUGUUGAGAGGUAUCUCUGGUGGACAAAAGAAGCGUGUCACAACAGGUGAAAUGCUUGUUGGACCUGCAAGAGCCCUAUUCAUGGACGAGAUAUCAACUGGUCUGGACAGCUCAACAACUUUCCAGAUAGUAAACUCACUCAGGCAGUCAGUUCACAUUCUUGGUGGAACGGCUGUUAUUUCCCUUCUGCAGCCUGCGCCAGAGACUUAUGAACUUUUCGACGACAUUAUUCUUCUAUCUGAUGGCCAGGUUGUGUAUCAAGGCCCUCGUGAAAAUGUGCUCGAGUUCUUCGAGUCUAUGGGCUUCAAGUGCCCAGAGAGGAAGGGUGUUGCGGACUUCCUGCAAGAAGUAACUUCGAGGAAGGAUCAGCAACAGUACUGGACACGCCAUGAUGAACCUUAUAGAUAUGUGCCCGUAAGAGAAUUUGCCGACGCAUUUCAGUCAUUCCAUGUUGGUCGGGUUAUAGGAGAUGAACUUUCUGUCCCAUAUGAUAAGAGCAAGAGCCAUCCUGCUGCUCUUACAACUUCUAGAUAUGGGGUCAGCAAGAAGGAACUAUUGAAGGCUAACAUUGACAGAGAACUGUUGCUGAUGAAGAGGAACUCAUUUGUCUACAUCUUCAAGGCUACUCAACUUACCAUCAUGGCGCUCAUUGCAAUGACAGUCUUCCUACGUACUAAUAUGCACCGGGACUCUGUCACUGAGGGGGGCUUAUACAUGGGUGCCCUUUUCUUUGGAGUAGUCAUGGUCAUGUUUAACGGUUUCUCUGAAACUGCCAUGACCAUUUUAAAACUUCCUGUUUUCUUCAAGCAAAGAGAUCUCCUUUUCUAUCCUGCAUGGUCAUAUGCAAUACCAUCAUGGAUUCUUAAAAUUCCAAUUUCAUUCGCUGAAGUUGCAGUGUGGGUUUUCACAACUUAUUAUGUCAUUGGGUUUGAUCCAAAUGUUGGAAGGCUGUUUAAGCAAUACAUGCUGCUGCUGCUGAUAAAUCAGAUGGCAUCUUCACUCUUCCGUUUCAUUGGGGCAGUAGGUAGGAAUAUGAUAGUUGCAAAUACCUUUGGAUCUUUCGCACUUCUCAUCCUUCUUGUUCUGGGUGGCUUCAUUCUUUCACGAGAUCAAGUGAAGAAAUGGUGGAUUUGGGGAUACUGGAUCUCACCCCUGAUGUACGCACAGAAUGCCAUAUCAGUAAAUGAAUUUUUAGGUCACAGCUGGCAACAUAGUCUUCCAAAUUCAAGUGAGCCACUGGGAGUGUCAGUCUUGAAGUCACGAGGAGUCUUUCCCGAAGCAAAAUGGUAUUGGAUUGGAUUUGGGGCAUUGAUUGGUUAUAUAUUUCUGUUCAAUGCUCUUUUCUCUGUGGCUCUUACUUAUCUCAAACCAUUUGGUAAGUCCCAGCCACCUGUAUCUGAAGAGUCGUUGAAGGAAAAACAUGCCAAUCUGACUGGAGAAGUGUCUGAGCAAUCAUCCAGAGGGAGGAACUCUGUUGAUCAUUCUCAAUCCAAGAAAGGUGCUGAUGGAUUGAGGAGGGAUGGUACCUCAUCAGGUUCCAUGAAUGUGGCUAUUGAUCAGAACAAAAAGGGAAUGGUCCUUCCAUUCACUCCACUAUCCAUUACCUUUGACAAUAUACGAUACUCUGUGGACAUGCCACAGGAAAUGAAAGAUCAAGGUGUGGUUGAAGACCGUUUGGAACUCCUGAAGGGGAUAAGUGGAUCUUUCAGGCCAGGGGUGCUUACAGCUCUAAUGGGUGUAAGUGGAGCUGGUAAAACAACACUGAUGGACGUAUUGGCUGGGAGAAAAACAGGUGGAUACAUAGAAGGAAACAUUACAAUAUCUGGCUACCCCAAGAAGCAGGAGACUUUUGCUCGUGUAUCAGGCUACUGUGAGCAGAAUGAUAUCCACUCUCCUCACGUGACAGUCUAUGAGUCUCUCGUCUAUUCUGCAUGGCUUCGGUUGCCUGCUGAGGUCAACUCUGCAACAAGGAAGAUGUUCGUUGAUGAGGUCAUGGAGCUUGUAGAGCUGACACCACUGAGGGAUGCACUCGUUGGAUUGCCAGGAGUAAAUGGGCUAUCGACCGAGCAACGAAAGAGACUGACCAUUGCUGUGGAGCUUGUUGCUAACCCAUCUAUCAUAUUCAUGGAUGAACCAACAUCUGGACUUGACGCAAGGGCUGCGGCCAUCGUUAUGAGAACUGUGAGGAACACAGUGGACACCGGGAGGACUGUGGUGUGUACUAUUCACCAGCCUAGCAUUGACAUUUUUGAAGCGUUUGAUGAGCUCUUCCUAAUGAAGCGAGGUGGAGAAGAGAUAUAUGUCGGUCCACUCGGUCACAAUUCUUGCCAUCUGAUAAAUUAUUUUGAGGGUAUCAAUGGUGUCAGUAAGAUAAAAGAUGGAUAUAACCCUGCAACAUGGAUGUUGGAAGUGAGUUCACAGGCACAAGAAGACAUUCUGGGGGUGAACUUCAGUGAAAUAUACAAGAAUUCUGAGCUUUAUCAGAGAAACAAGGAUUUGAUAAAGGAACUAAGUACACCUCCUCCCGGAUCAAGUGACCUUUACUUCCCAACCCAGUAUUCUCAAUCUAUCCUUGUACAAUGCAUGGCGUGCCUAUGGAAACAGCACUUGUCAUACUGGCGGAAUCCUCCAUACACUGCAGUGAGGUUUUUCUUCACAUUGAUCAUCGCUUUGCUGUUUGGAACUAUUUUCUGGGACCUUGGAACCAAAAGGGACACAAAACAAGACUUGUUGAAUGCAAUGGGUUCAAUGUAUGCUGCUGUCUUAUUCAUUGGGGUACAAAACUCUUCAUCUGUUCAGCCAGUUGUGGCAAUUGAACGUACUGUCUUCUACAGGGAGAGAGCUGCUGGAAUGUAUUCAGCUGUGCCAUACGCGUUCGGACAAGUUGCAAUUGAAAUUCCCUAUAUAUUGGUCCAGGCGUUGUUAUAUGGUGUGAUUGUGUAUGCAAUGAUCGGAUUUGAAUGGACUGCUGCUAAAUUCUUCUGGUACAUGUUCUUCAUGUACUUCACACUCCUCUACUUCACAUUUUACGGGAUGAUGGCAGUCGGUUUGACUCCCAACUACAACAUCGCGUCAAUUGUCUCUGCCGCCUUCUAUGCCAUAUGGAACCUUUUCUCUGGGUUCAUUAUUCCAAGACCUAGAAUCCCGGUGUGGUGGAGAUGGUAUUACUGGAUAUGCCCCGUGGCCUGGACCUUGUAUGGAUUGGUUGCUUCGCAGUUUGGUGAUAUACAGACUCGAUUUGCUUCCGAUGAGUCCGGUGAGCCCGGUGAGAUUGUGGCCGAUUUUGUGAGGAACUAUUUUGGAUUCAAACAUAGCUUCUUGGGGGUGGUUGCCGUGGUAGUGGUCGCAUUCCCGGUGCUUUUCGCUUUCCUCUUCGCCUUUUCGAUAAAGACACUCAACUUCCAAAAGAGAUGAAGAUGGAUCGGGAGAGAGAACAAAAACCUGCUUUCUCAAUCAAACCAAAUUAUUUGUCGGUGUGGUGUGUGAUGAUUCAGGAGGAUAAAACUACAGCCGUACUCAAAACCUGCACAUUUGCAUCACAAUUCGACUAUUUGCCUUUUGUACUUCCGAGAUAUUCGUUCUUGUGUUAUGAAUUUUUCUUUUUUUCUUUCACGAAAAAUGUAAAACAUAUUGAAUUUAUUAUUUGUUUAUGUAGUGAAUAUGGCUUACUAAUGAAAAAAAGUCAUGUGAUGACUUUGUGAGUUGAUUUA